AUGGCCUGGGGAAUAUCAGUCUUCGGGGAGCGAAAGCAGAAGCUUCAUUUAACUGACUGCGCUCGCCGGAGAAAACCGUUGGCCCCGACUGAGACGACUGAGGUGAGAACAGCGACCUGUUUUGUUGAUGUCGCAGUAAAAAGUCACCGACAGGCUCUCUUUGCAGUUCUCAGAGGUGAAUGUGAUAUCUGGAGGAGAACUUUGAGAAAAUGGCUGUAGCUGAAUGUCCGGAUUACUUCCUACUCCACCCUAAUUACCAGCAGGACAAUGUCGACCGAACUGCCAAUCACAGACCAGCAGAACUAAUUGGGUCAAGUUUUCAGCAGGCAGCCAAUCGUAACUCUCCUAAUCAUCAAGAGGAUGAUGUGGAUCUGGAAGCGCUGGUAAAUGAUAUGAACUCUUCGUUUGAGAGUCUUUGCUCCACCUACAAUGUGCAAGCCGAGGCUGUUCCCCUGCUGCACAAUGGCCAGUCUCAUCGGCCCAACGAGCAAACACACUCACACAGCCAAGCACAUGGCCAGCUCACCUCCCUGCACCAGAAACUGCGCCGCUCCCAGCCCAUGCACAUCUUAGCUGUCAGCAGGAGACUGCAGGUGGAGGAGGAGCAGUAUCGUACGUCCUCCCUGCCUGCCAUCCCCAACCCCUUCCCUGAGCUGUGCAGUCCAGCCAGCUCGCCCACGCUGUGCCCCGGCUCUUUACCUCCAAGUCAACCCUCAGGCAAAUACAUUAUUAAAAUCUUCAACGAGGAUGGCAUGGUCAAAGUGGUAGAGAUCCUAGCCAACAUGACUGCGCGAGACCUGUGCCAGCUUCUUGUGUACAAAAGCCAUUGUGUGGAUGACAACAGCUGGGCACUUGUGGAGCAUCACCCAGCCAUGGGACUAGAGAGAUGCUUAGAAGAUCAUGAGCUUGUGAUGCAAGUGCAGGCGUCUAUGACCAGUGAGAGCAAAUUUCUCUUCAGGAAGAACUAUGCCAAAUAUGAAUUCUUUAAAAAUCCUUUGAACUUCUUCCCAGAACAAAUGGUGGCCUGGUGUCAGGAAAGCAAUAGAAGCAUACCCCCUUCUCAGCUCUUGCAGAACUUCUUAAACUCCACCAGCUGUCCUGAAAUCCAGGGUUACUUGUAUAUGAAAGAAACAGGCAGGAAGUCAUGGAAGAAGCUGUAUGUGCUUUUGAGACGCUCAGGAUUGUACUUUUCGACGAAAGGAACGUCAAAGGAACCAAGGCAUUUGCAGUUACUUGCAGACCUCGAAGACAGCAAUAUCUAUACUGUAAUAGCAGGCAAGAAGCUUCACAAUGCUCCAGCGGAGUACGAGUUUUGUAUAAAGCCCAACAAAGUGCGGAGUGAGCAGAAAGAGAUGAGAAUGUUUUGUGCAGAAGACGAACAGAGCAGAACAUGCUGGAUGACAGCUUUCAGACUGUUCAAGUAUGGAAUUCUUCUUUAUCAGAACUACAAGAUCCCACAACAGAGAAAAGCGUUGCUCUCACACUUCUCAACACCAGUGAGGAGCGUGUCUGAGAACUCUCUGGUCGCUAUGGAUUUCUCAGGGAGGAUAGGCAGGGUUAUCGACAAUCCUGUGGAAGCCCAGAGUGCCGCAGUUGAGGAAGGCCAUGCGUGGAGGAAGAGAAGUCAACGCAUGAACAAUCUGGGAAGCCCAAGUCCACUUCACCCCUCAUCAUUAAGUGGAGUAAUACACAAAACUCAGCUUUGGUUUCAUGGUCGGAUUACACGAGAGGAAUCGCAUAAGAUGAUUCUCCAACAGGGUCAAGUGGAUGGAUUGUUUCUCUUAAGGGACAGCCAGAGCAACCCUAAGGCUUUUGUGCUGACACUGUGCCACCACCAGAAAAGUAAACACUUUCAAAUUUUACCGUGUGAAGAGGAUGGUCAGGUGUUCUUCAGCCUUGAUGAUGGCACCACCAAAUUCACAGACCUGAUCCAAUUAGUGGAGUUUUACCAGCUCAACAGAGGAGUCUUGCCUUGCAGACUCAAGCACCCCUGCACUACUGUGGCCUUAUGACCCCCCCAGACUGGACUUUGCCUAAAGACAAGCCCACUGCUCUCUGAGAAUCAGACAAUAUUUCAAUGGUUUAGUGCUGUGCAGAGCUGCGUAGAGACUGGCUGUCCUCAGACGAGUACACUGCAGGUGUUCCUCUGUGCUUUAGAGAAGACCACAAGUGCAAACAGGACCAUGAUGAUUCUCACAUCUUGGUUGCCAACAAGCCUUCAUCCACUGGUAAAUUGGGGUGCAGUCUGUAAAUGUUCUCUGUGUGGUUUCUCCAUCAUAGUUAUCGGGAGCUCCUAUGCACUUGUCCUGUUAAAGAUAAUCAGGAGGGCUGUUGUUUUGGAAGGUGUCCAGAAUCUGGAGUUGAUGGAAGGUGGGCUGAUUUACAUCUAGUUUGCAACUUUGAUUUUGUUUUGCAUUCAUGAACAGGGAACAGCUGAGCUAUAACUAUAACUAAUUUGAAACCCAAGCUGCAUUUGGUCCUCCUCUCUUUGUAAACACCCAUUAUUGCUAAGAGCUGGAUUGAUUUCUGGGGAUGAGUUCUGAAGUGAGCACAGAACUGUGAAAGAGACCCUAGUUAUACCCUUACCUGCCCCACCUUUCUCCAUGUGAAUCAGAAGAAUGUUUCCUCCCUGACAGCACCCUUAAAUUUGUUUUCUGAACAUUUUCUUACCAAUACUUCUCUUUGAUACUGUUUCCCUUUUUUGAUUCCAUGUCAGUACUGAGGCGGUUGGCCUCAACUGAUGCCCCAAAGCGUUCCAUCACCCUUCGUUCCAUCAUGAGACUCUAAAGCACCUUCUGCCAUCUGUAUGAGGAUAUGCCAUCUGCCACUACAGAGAUGACAUUGGUUACUCCACUGACAUCAGUAUCGCUGUCACCACCACCGUUAGGAAGGACAUCUUUAUAGCAAAGUGUAGCUCAGUGGAGAAAUGACCACUAUGUCCACCCCCCACCCUCCAACAUGCUAACUAUGGGAAGUUCUGUUGCACGUGAUGGAAUCUGUCUGUUAGGGGCACCACCAAGAGAUGGGGAAACCACCUGAACUGCUUCCACUUUUAGGUUGGACAACCAUGGUCCGUUUGAUGGCCAUUUCUCCUUUCCGUGUCUUGAGAGAUUGUCAUUAGCGACAGUGCACUGUGAAGCCCAGUGGCUUGGUGGGGGUUUAAUUUUCUAUUCUGCCUUGUUGAAUGGCAGCAGUAAAUACAGACAGAUUUGUAAAGAUAUUUUUAAUUGUAACGCUUGACUUUACAGAAGAGCCAUCUUUUUAGCAUUUGCUUAUAAUGUAUUAAGCUAGAUAGAGAAGGCCUAGCCACCAUGUCUACGAGCUCACCUGAGUGACCAUUAUUACACAGAUAAAAUGCAAAUGAUGCAAUCAUUUUUAAAUAUUGUUUCCAUGAAUCUAUUUAUUUAUCUGGAUUUAAAUGAUUACUUGAAAUUUAGUGAAUUUCUCAGCGCUGUUCAAUACUGUUCUUCCACAUUUUCACAACUUUAUUGAGCCUCAUGUGUUAUUUAUUUUAUUUUAUUUUUUAUUUUUGGUAAACUAACCCUGCUUUCUUGAAUUCAUCAUGACUUUUCUCCAUCAUCUACUGUAGUAUUGUACUACUCCCUUGUCUCCUUUAUUUUUCGCUGACUCAACCACAGAUACCACCACAGUUCCUUUUGCGCAGUGAUUUUAUUCUCUCUUCAAAAGAGAAGAAAGGAAAUGCAUUUUAUUUUUUAGUAGGGAGUCAUUAAUGAUCAACACAUGAUGCCGGAUGGUCUCAGUAUUUCACUAGAGAUAACGAGACUUGGAUAUGAUUACAUUAAUGGAAGAACAGAAAGAGGUUCACUGAGAGACAGAGGAGUUUGUUAGCAGUGUCGUACACUUGAGCUAAUUUCUCAGUGCAAAAAAAGGUUUGCUCAGGAAACAUGCAAUCAGUACACGGUUUCUUUUCUGUGCUGAGGAUUGUAGAUGGUCAGCAGUUGUGUUGCGUCAUGGUGUCUUUCUUUGGGCAAAAGAGAAGAAGCAAGGACAGGCCUUCUCAAUGUCAAUGACCUGUAUUAGCACUUUGUUUUUCAGACAUUUGGUAAGUCACUAAAAAAAAAAAAAAUCACCUGGUUAAUCAACACUCAAGUACCAUAACUGUAUUAAAUAUCUUACUGAAGAAUAGUUUUCUCGUAGGUUUGGAGUUGGUCUGGGAGAAGCAGUAUUGCUACUAAAACAGCACCAUGAGCCAGUUGUUGCAAUGCAAAGUUUGUCCCUUCUUGUAAAUGAUGCACAACGAUGGCAUUCCAAGGAAUAAACUGGCACUGAAGUAAUUGUUCACACAUUAGUCAGUGGUCACUUUCUUGGUGCUUUUUCCCCCUCCAAGCAUCAGUUUAACCCAAAUGAAUAAAUUUGUGGUUCUUCUGAUGAGACAAAGAACUUGGAUCUGCAAUUGAAGUGCAUGUGGUCUGGCACAACCCAUCAUAGCAGAAGAGCACAGAUCAUGGUCAUCAAGUGCAGAGAUCCCAGACCAAUUUAGUUUAGUGCCAGUGGUAUAAUUAUUGUUCAUCUAUAAAAAGGUGACCAAUGACAGGUUUCAAUUACAAACACUUUGUCAGUUAUAUGAGCAUUUUUGUAAUUGUUAUGUGCCAUCACUGUUUUCAUUCCCAGAACCUUAAUUAAAAUGUUCAGAAGCAUCUUAUUGUUCAAAGAUUGAGCUCAGAUUCAUGCGGAAUUCAAUGCUUGUUCUACCCUUUGAUUUAUCAUGUAAUAUACAUCCAGUAGUAAACACAUGGCUAUAUAUAACCAUAAGAAGGUUCAUAGAUAUGACACUGUAUUUUAGGUUUCUGAUCACUAUGUUCUACAGUUAUUUUUUUCAUGAUCACAUACAAAAUGAAGAAACUUGACUGUGCUUUUUUUUGUACUUGGUUAUGUGUAAAUAUUGUGUUUAUUUUAUGUUUCUUGUUAUGUCAAAUGACCUUAAAGAAUGCUUAUGUUUAAAUUAAGCUGGGUAGCUUUCUCUGAGGAGAAAGUCUUGUGGUCAGAGGUCACUAUUAAGCUAAUUUUUUUUAUUUUAUUUUUUUUAAUCACUGAAUACACUUACAACAAAAAUGCUAAACGAACUUAGCCCUUGCGGGAUCCUCGUUAUAGUGUUUUGUUUUCACAGAUCAGAAGCUACACUUUAGUCUUUACAUACUGUCCUGUUGUUCAGAUGAGCUGGUGACAAUUUACAUGUGAACUGUUUUGAGGGUGUAUUUAGUGUAUACCAAAAUCUCUCUGCCAGUUAUUUUGUGUUUUAUUUCAUUUUUGAAAAGCAAUUCUACCAUGUAUGGAAAUUGAAAUGGUGGAGGACAUGAAGUUUCAUCUUUGUUUUGGCCCUAUUGUUUUCCAGCAUGUGCUUCUUUCCACCCACACCCCUUCCCCAAAAACACACUCACAUACACUCACAUCUAUGUUUCAGACUCAGAUCUAGGAUCAUCUUCAGCCUUUUGAGUCCUGAUUAAUACAGUGACCUGGAUGAAGGCAGAGCUGCCCCUAUGUCAGCAGUCUUAAGGCCAUGGCACGCUGACUCUGCAUUCUCCAAGAAAUGGCAACAUUAUAAUGUUGGCAGGUGGCUUUACUGACGAGCCAAAUUAACCUGUGUGAAUGGAAACAUUCUAGAACAGUGUGAAAAUGGAGAGCAUUCUAGCAUAAGGUGAAUGGGCAGAGCCUGCUAGAACAGUAUGAACGAGGGAGAGCUUUUUUUUUGUUUUGUUUUUUUGGAACAGAACAUGUAGAACAUCCAGUGUGAAUUGGGGGAACAGUCCCUCUUAUUCUUACUGUCUUCACACUGUCUAGAACACUGAAUUCAGGAGAAAAUUAUAGAGCAGGAUAAAUAAGGGAGAGCAUUCUAGAACAGUGGGAACAGGAAAAACUUCAGAGUGUUAACUGAGAAGAAUGUUUUAAAACUGUAAACUAAGGAGAAUGUUCUGAGACCAUAAACUGCAAGAAUGUUCAAAAAUCAGUGAACUGGCAAGAACGUUCUAAAGCAAUGUAAAGUGAGAAGAACAUUCUGUGACUGUACUGGGGUAAAUGUUCUCGAACAGUCUGAAUGGGGGAGAGCCAUUAUUUGGGUUUAUUGGGAGAGUGUUGAGUCCUUGUGCUGUGGGCUUUAGUGUUGAAAUAUAACGUAGGCCCGCAGAGGCAUUCAUGAAGAUCUUGGGAGCAGGAGUGGUCAUCUGGUCAUCUCACAGUCCAGAUGAGUAUACGCUGGGGAGCUUUCCAGAUAAAGCCUUCUUGCUCUUUAGUGCUGACCGACGACACAUGACCGGCCCACAACGCAUAGCCCCUCACCUAGGUAUGACAGCUCAUGUGCUUUGCAACUCAUGUCACAAUGCAAAAUAGAGCGAAUAAGUAUAUUUGUCUUUCAGGGAAUGCAGAAAAAAAAGCUUUUCCUCUUUGGAAGAUCCUGUAUUGAAAAUGUGCUUUUUUUGGUUCUGUAAAUAGCUGAAUGGCUUACAAAUCCUAAUUGUAACCUUUUCAGGUAUUUUUGUACAAAUAAGGGACUGCUAUAUUCUGUUUAUUGUAAUUAGAAUAAAACAUUAAUACAUUGCUAUAA